CACUCCCUCCUCGCCAAUUUCCAACCCCAAAUUUCCAAACAAACCAAAUCUCCAACUAAUAAAAAGUAUUGAAAAAGCAAAACGUUCCUACUUUUUAUAUAGGCACCACUUACUCUCACACACAACAAUAACAACUAGCUUUUGCAACUGAAAGUGAAAGUAAGAAGCAAAAGCCAAGUCAUGUGUUCUCUUCUUUGGAGUUCCAUUGUUAUGUGUGUAACAAUUCAACUUCUUCAGCUUGGCAUUGUGCACCCUUCACCCUCUCAUAUUAGGAUCACUCACUUACCGGGCCAACCCCAAGUUGAGUUUCACCAGUUUUCAGGUUAUGUAAAUGUUGAUGACAGAAACCAGCAAGCACUCUUUUUCUACUUUGCUGAAGCUGAAAAAGAUGCAGCUUCCAAGCCCCUUGUUCUGUGGCUCAAUGGAGGGCCUGGUUGUUCUUCUCUUGGGGUUGGUGCGUUUUCAGAGAAUGGACCAUUUAGGCCCAAAGGAGAAGGCUUGGUUAGGAAUCAAUUCAGCUGGAACAGAGAAGCUAAUAUGCUGUAUUUGGAAACGCCAAUUGGAGUUGGAUUCUCUUACUCAACUGAUACUUCUGCUUAUGAGGGUGUGAAUGACAAAAUCACAGCCAGGGAUAACUUGGUGUUCUUGAAAAACUGGUUUAUAAAGUUCCCAGAAUACAGAAACAGAAGUUUAUUCAUUGUAGGAGAAAGCUAUGCAGGCCAUUAUGUUCCUCAACUGGCUGAGCUUAUGCUCCAAUUCAACAAAAAGGAGAAGUUGUUCAAUCUGAAAGGCAUUGCUCUUGGUAAUCCAGUUCUAGAAUUUGCCACAGAUUUCAAUUCGAGAGCAGAGUUCUUCUGGUCACAUGGAUUAAUUUCAGAUACAACGUACAAAGUGUUCUCUUCUGUUUGUAACUAUUCAAGAUAUGUGAGGGAAUACUACAAUGGUGCUGUUUCUCCUGUCUGUUCAAGUGUUAUGAGCCAAGUUAGUACAGAAACAAGUAGAUUUGUGGACAAGUAUGAUGUGACCCUUGAUGUUUGUUUAUCUUCAGUGUUUUCACAAACCAAAGUCCUCAAUCCCCAGCAAGUCACUGAAACGAUAGAUGUAUGUGUGGAAGAUGAAACAGUCAAUUAUCUGAACAGAAAAGAUGUGCAAUCAGCUUUGCAUGCACGUCUUGUUGGAGUUCAAAGAUGGUCUGCUUGCAGCAAUGUCCUUGAUUAUGAGCUGCGUGACUUGGAAAUACCAACAAUCACUGUUGUGGGGAAGCUAGUACAGGAGGGAAUACCCGUACUGGUAUACAGUGGUGAUCAGGAUUCAGUAAUCCCUCUGACUGGAAGUAGAACAUUAGUACAUAAAUUGGCAAAAAAGCUAGGAUUGAAAACCACUGUGCCAUACAGGGUGUGGUUUGAGAAGCAGCAGGUGGGUGGGUGGACUCAAGUUUAUGGUGACAUUCUUUCAUUUGCCACCAUCAGAGGAGCAUCACAUGAGGCUCCAUUUUCACAGCCUGAGAGGUCACUGGUGCUGUUCAAGUCCUUCUUAGAAGGACGACCAAUGCCACAAGAGUUUUGAUAACUAAAAGAUUAUAUGUUGCGGUUUUGGCAAAAUGUGAUUGUUGAAUUGUAGUUUAUUUGGUUUCACUGCCAUUUUGGAGUGUAGAAAAUUUUGUAAAGUGUUCAAGUAAGAAGGGAAUGUGUUUUUAUCUUCUUUCUCCA